AUGGCGCAUGCAUGUACGUUCGAAGUGCACGGAUCGGGCGCUUGCCUCACAUGUACGUUCGACGCACCCGCUUCCUCCCGUCGCACUCCCUUCCGCGUGCCUGCACUCCCUCCCGCCGUCGCCCUACUGCCCGUCGCUCUCCCUAGUGCUCCUCGCACUCACUUCCGUCGUCGCCCUCCCUUCCGCCCGUCACCUUCCCUUCCGCCCGUCGCCUUCCCUUCCGCCGUCGCCAUUCCUUCCGCCCGUCGCCCGUCGCCAUACCUUCCGCCCGUCGCCCUCCCUUCCGCCGUCGCCAUCCCUUCCGCCCGUCACCCUCCCUUCGUCUCGUCACCUUCCCUUCCUCCCAUUGCCCACCCGACCACCCGCCGCCAUACCUUCCCCUCGUCGCGCUCCUGUCCGCCCGUUGCCCCCCUUUGUCUCGUCGCGCUCCCUGCCGUUCAUCACCCUCCCUCCCGCUCGUCCCCUCGCAAUCCCCCUCUCUCCCCGGCAUCUCCCCCGCUCCCCACGAAAUGCUUCCCCCCAUUCUCUUCACUGUUUCCCCUGGGCUUCCCGCACUGCUUUUCCAUGUCCCCUUCCCUGCUUCCCCCCAUCCCCUUCCCUGCUUCCCCCCAUCCCCUUCCCUGCUUCCCCGUGUUCCCUUCCCUGUUUCCCCAUGUCCCUUCCCCUGCUUUCCCCCAUCCCCUUCCCUGCUUCCCCCCAUCCCCUUCCCUGCUUCCCCAUGUCCCCGUCCCUGCUUCCCCCCACGCCCUUCUCUGCUUCCCCCCAUCCCCCUCCCUGCUUCCCCAUGUCCCUUUCCCUGCUUCUCCCCAUCCCCUUCCCUGUUCCCCCCCAUCCCCUUCUCUGCUUUCCCCCAUCCCCUUCCCUGCUUCCCCCCAUCCCCUUCCCUGCUUCCCCGUGUCCCCUUCCCUUCUUUCCCCCAUCCCCUUCCCUGAUUCCCCGUGUCCCCUUCCCUGCUUCCCCCCAUCCCCUUCCCUGCUUCCACCCACCCCCUUCCCUGCUUCCCCGUGUCCCCUUCUCUUCUUCCCCCCAUCCCCUUCCCUGAUUCCCCGUGUCCCCUCCCCUGCUUCCCCAUGUCCCCUUCUCUGCUUCCCCCCAUCCCCUUCUCUGCUCAUUUCACGUGUCCCAAUCCCUGCUUCCCUGCUCACCCCCGACAGUCGCUCAUUCCCCUCCGUCGCCCAUGCACACUUCCUCCUGUCGCCCUCAACAACUCCCCUUCCGCUGCUCACGCUCACUCCCUCCCGCCGCGUUCGCUCACUCCCCUCCCGUCGUGACGGUCUCCUCCGUCGCACACCUUCACUCCCCCCCAUCGCCCAUCUUCACUCCCCUCCAUCGCCCACGCUCACUCCCUCUCGUCGCCCACGCUCACUCCUCCCCAUCGCGCACGCUCUCUCCCCAUCUGUCGCCCACGCUCACUGCCUGGACGUCGCACGCUCUCACUCCAUUCCGUCGCCCAUGCUCACCCCCCCAUCGCGUCCGCUCACUCCCCUGUCGACACACACGCAACGACCCAAUCUCCACCCUUUCUCCCUUCUCAUCUCCACCCUUUCUUCCUUCCCAUCUCCAUUCCGCCUCACCCCAUUCCGCCUCACCCCAUUCCGCCUCACCCCAUUCCGCCCCACCCCAUUCCGCCCCACCCCAUUCUGCCUCACCCCAUUCCGCCCCACCCCAUUCCGCCCCACCCCAUUCUGCCUCACCCCAUUCUGCCCCACCCCAUUCCGCCUCCCUCUUCCUCCCUGUCUUAUCCCCUCACCCCUCCCUUGUCCUAUCCCCUCACCCCGCCCUGUCCUAUCCCCUCACCCCUCCCUUGUCCUAUCCCCUCUCCCCGCCUUGUCCUAUCCCCUCACCCCGCCCUGUCCUAUCCCCUCACCCCGCCUUGUCCUAUCCCCUCACCCCUCCCUGUCCUAUCCCCUCACCCCGCCUUGUCCUAUCACCCCUCCCUGUCCUAUCCCCUCACCCCGCCCUGUCCUAUCCCCUCACCCCGCCCUGUCCUAUCCCCUCACCCCGCCUUGUCCUAUCCCCUCACCCCGACCUGUCCUAUCCCCUCACCCCGCCCUGUCCUAUCCCCUCACCCUGCCUUGUCCUAUCCCCUCACCCCGCCCUGUCCUAUCCCCUCACCCCGCCCUGUCCUAUCCCUCACCCUGCACCAUCCCAGGCGAGCAUGACAGAGGCCCAGACGACCUGCAUGGACAUGCCGCCUCCGAUUGCUCCUGCUUUCAGCAUCUCAAUGGCCCAGACGAGCCACAUUGCAUAAUGGGACAGCUUGCAGAUUCAUAA